AUGGCUAAUGAAGAAAAUAUUACAAAAUAUGUACUAGAGCAAUUAGGCCCAAAACGCGCAGCUCUUUCUAUGGUCAUUCCUAUGACUGCAAUUUACUCGGUUAUCUUGCUUACCGGUGUCAUAGGUAACAUCUUUACGUGUGUAGUCAUUGCAAGAAACAAGUACAUGCACACGGCUACUAACUAUUAUCUUUUCAGCCUGGCAGUUUCUGAUGUUUUAUUAUUGGUUUUGGGCCUACCGCAAGAGAUUUACCUUCUUUGGCAGAGUUAUCCAUAUAUCUUUGGAGAAAGCUUUUGUAUCAUCAGAGGUUUGACAUCAGAGACUUCAACCAACGCCUCCAUCUUGACUAUCACGGCCUUUACUGUGGAGCGAUAUCUGGCAAUCUGCCAUCCUCUCCGAGCAUACCGAAUGUCCCAGCUGCCUCGGGCCAUUAAAAUCAUCAUUGGUAUUUGGGUUGUUGCUGCACUAUGCUCUGUUCCCGUCGUCUUCCAGUUCGGUAUAGUCUAUCAAAUGAAGAAUAACGACACGCUUAUUUCUGAGUCUGCGACGUGUGGUAUGAAACGGAUGUUACCCUACAUCUUCGAAGUGUCUACCUUCCUUUUCUUCUUCCUUCCCAUCACAGCCAUUUCACUGCUAUACAUCUUGAUUGGGCUCAAGCUGCGGCGCUCUACCAUUGGUCGCGUGGAGUCGUCUCCUGAACUAAGUAAUUCUCGAGGUAACCACCACUCCUCCAGACGUGCAGUGAUAAAAAUGCUUG